AUUUCUCCAAUUAACAUAUAUUCUUUCAAUUUCUAUAUAUUUACCUAGAAUCAGACACAAUGGGCGACAAGAAGCGCAAGCUCACGCAGAACCCUCACGAGAAGGCGUCGAAGGAUAAGAAGGAAAAGAAGGAAAAGAAGGAGAAGAAGUCCAAGUUGCGCGAUGCUGAGGAGAGUGUGAACGGAAAGGACACCGAGGAGAAGGCCGAGGAGGUGAAGGAAGAGAAGAAGGAGAAGAAGGAGAAGAAGGAGAAGAAGGAGAAGAAGGAGAAGAAGGAGAAGAAGGAGAAGAAGGACAAGAAGGAAAAGAAUGACAAGAAAGAAAAGAAGGAAAAGAAGGAAAAGAAGGAAAAGAAGGCAAAGAAGGAAACGUCUGAAGAGGAGGAGGCCGAGGACAAGGCCGCUCCCGCUGCUGAGGAAGAGACCGCAGACGCAAUGGAUGUGGAUGCAGAAUCCACCGAAAAUAAGGACGAAGAGAAGAAGGAGGAGACCCUGGAGGAAAAGAGAGAGAGAAGGAAGAAGAACAAGAAGGACAAGAAAGAGAAAAAGGCACAGGAGGCCGCCGAAAACGCCAAGCAACAAGAGCAACAAUCUGAAGGGCAGCAAGAGCAGCAAGACGAAGAACAACAGAAAUCCUCCCGCUUCAUUGCUUUCGUCGGAAACCUCCCCUACUCCGCAAACAACGAGACCAUCAAAGAGCACUUCGUCAAAACCCCCCCCGCCUCGAUCCGCGUCGCUACCGAAAAGGACAAGCCCACCAGAUGCCGCGGUUUCGCAUUCAUCGAGUUCGAGAACUUUGAUCGCAUGAAGACUUGCUUGAAGCUGUACCACCACUCUAUGUUCAAUGACGGGAAGUAUCCGCCGAGGAGGAUUAAUGUGGAGUUGACUGCUGGUGGAGGCGGAAAAUCCGACUACCGCCAGUCCAAGAUCGAGACUAAGAACAAGAAACUGAACGACGAGCGCCAACGCACCUCGAAGCAGAUGUCUAAGGAGAAGGACAGGAAAACUCGCCACAAGAACGGCGAGGAAGAGGGUGAUGCUCAGGCUGCUGGAGACCCGGACGAUAAUUUCGCCGGUGUGCAUCCUAGCCGGAGGAUUCGCUUGCCGUGAGCGUUGCAUUUUUGAUAUUUUGUUUGUUUGGGUUGGUUUACUACUAAAAGCAGUUGUUUUUCAUUAUCAUUGUUUGCCUCGAGAUAUCCUUUCUGCUCUCCCUGUCUGGA